UUUUUGUCUCUUUGUUUGUCUUUUUGGUUUUUGUAGAUGUUAUGUAAUGGCUUUAAUGGGUUAUUCAAUACCCAUUUGCAGAGGCUUGCACUGAUGAUUUGUUGCUUCAUCUUUCUUUUAGUUGAACAAUGUUCUUAGUUUUUUGGGUUUUUUUUUUUUCUAGGUUAGAUAUUCUCUAAUCCUAGAAAUUUUAUUGGAAGGUUUCAUAUGUCGUCUUCAAUGGAUUAACAGGUUUGGAGUUCCAAUUGUGUGAAUAGUAUUUCAAAUAAAAGCGAGAACAAUCUAAAAAGAUGGAUUCGUCGUCGAGUGAGCAGUAAUUCAUCUGAUCCAUGUGUUUCUUGCACUACGUUCAACAUUCUCGCCCCAAUUUACAAGCGACUUGACCCACUGAACCAGAGCUGCCGUGAGAGCGAGUUUAGAGAAUAUUGGCUUAGCCGAAACCAGAGUAUUUUGGAUCGGUUACUUGUCGAAAAAUCCUCCAUUAUUUGUUUACAGGAGUUUUGGGUUGGGAAUGCAGAACUUGUCGAGAUGUAUGAGAAGAGAUUAGAUGAGGCUGGGUAUGCCAAUUACAAGCUUGCUCGAACAAAUAAUAGAGGAGAUGGACUUCUCACUGCUGUUCACAAGGACUAUUUUAGGGUUCUAAAUUAUCGCGAUCUUCUGUUCAAUGAUUUUGGGGAUCGAGUUGCUCAGUUGUUACAUGUACAAUCGGCUGUUCCCUAUUCUCAGAGCCAAAUCGGAAACCUCCAACAAGAGAUUCUCAUUGUUAAUACCCACCUGCUCUUUCCUCAUAAUUCUUGCCUUUCCAUUGCUCGACUCCACCAGGUAUACAAGAUUCUGAAGUAUGUGGAGUCUUAUCAGGGGGAACACAUGCUAAAUCCGCUUCCAGUUAUCCUCUGUGGGGACUGGAAUGGAAGCAAGCGUGGCCAUGUUUACAAGUUUCUUAGAUCCCAAGGCUUUGUUUCAUCAUACGAUACUGUUCAUCGGUAUACAGACAGUGAUGCAGAUGCCCAUAAGUGGGUUAGCCAUAGGAACCAUCGAGGGAACAUCUGUGGUGUAGAUUUCAUUUGGCUUCUCAAUCCGAAUAAGCAUCGUAAACCUCUUAGAACAAGUUGGAAGGAAGCCGUUUUGGGAAUAAUUAAGAAUCAUCUUCGUACUGCUUUUGUAAUGGACCAAGAUGCCUUCCACUUCUUGAAAACUGAGGAUUCCUUUGGAGAUUAUAUUACUUUCACGAGUUUCUGUCUAGCUCUUCAGCAGCUGGGUCUAAGUGGCCAUGACCAUGGGCUAAGCCCCCUAGAGGUUCAGGACUUGUGGAAUCAGUUGGAGACUGAUCAAAAUGGAGUUCUUGAUUAUAAUGAAUUUCAGAGGAUAUGGGAUCCCCAGAAUUGGGGGCAAACAGAAGAGAGAGAAACAGAGAAAGGAGACUUCCAAGAUGGAAGUGAAAGGGAUGGGGAGGCUGUGGGCUUUGAUGUAAAGGAUGCGGUUCUCUUUCCACCUGAAGUCGAGAAGGGGAUGUGGCCUGAGAAUUACUCUCUCUCUGAUCACGCUCGCCUCACUGUAGUCUUUUCACCAGUUAAAAUGCUUUGCUCUCAUGCAAUCUGUUGAUUGAUUUUGAGAAACGAAUUUCAUAGGCAAUUUUGGUGUGUUUUGUAAAUGUAUAACUGUAGAAAGGAAAGACUCAUGCAAUCUGUUGAUUGAUUUUGAGAAACGAAUUUCAUAGGCUAUUUUGGUGUGUUUUGUAAAUGUGUAACUGUAGAAAAUAUAGUGUUUAUAAUGAAGCAAUUCUUUGGUUCAACA